AUGUUCAAAACCGCUAGUGAAGUAUGCACUGGCAACCAAGAACGACACGAAUCACGAAGACUAGCCUUGAAAAUCGCAUGUGCCAAUGGCCAUACAGUACGUCCGCAUUACCGAAGAACCCGCACUGUAAAUAGCAAUAUUCCGCGCGAAAACAAAAUUUCUCUUUGUCUUCCUUUUAUCUCUGACAAUGUCAGUGCCGCUGUUCAGCGCAGCAUUAUCCAAGCACAAUUACAAAAUGACGUGAUCUUGGUAAAUAUCCCAAAUGCAAACAUCAAAAGCCAGCUUGUUAGAAACAGACUAUAUGAUAGAUACUGCAUCUGUGAAAGAUGUGUUAUUUGUCCUUACGGAAAAACAGGCGACUGCGCAAAAAUAGGGGUAAUAUAUGAGAUUGAGUGCUUGAUAUGCAAUGCAACUUACGUUGGGGAGACCGGUAGGAAUCUUGGAGUGAGGAUUAAUGAACACAUGGCCGGAAAACGACGAAAAAGCUUGAUAACACCACUAGGAAGGCACAGACAUGAGGCCCACAACGGAAACGAUUACGAUGUGAAAUGCGUUAUACUGGCUCACGAAACAGAAAUAUCGGCAAGGAAGACGUUGGAGGCGUUUUUUAUUCUUAAAAGAAACCCUUCAAUGAAUAAUAAGAAUGAAUGCUUGUCCAUAACGAAUGAGUUCUUGCCACUUGUACCGCUCUGUGACCUAUAA